UGUUAUAAAAAAUUUAAAUGAGUAAAUUUUUGUAAAGAACUGGUAUUACUGAAUUAUUUGAAACUCAUCACAUAAACAUGAACUCUGUAAAAUUUAAUAACCUAGGUUAUCACCAUUUACAUUUGAAUAAAAUGGUUUUUAUAACGUAAUGCAAUCCAGGGCAGCAAUAGUUCUUUUACUAAUGAGUGUAGUAAAGCUAUUUUUAAUGGUAGACAUUUUUUUUUUUUAUCUACAAAGUUUUUCAAUAUAUUAGUUCAGAACAUCUACGUAAAAUAUUUGCGAAUUAAAAAUUAUAGUAAUUUAUUUUUUACUUAGCUAAAAAAAUAUGUAAAAUAAGUUUUAAAAAAUAUGCAUGAUUUAUUUAUCUUUAUCUAUAUUCUUUUAAUCUAUAUUAAUCUACUGAAUAAAAAGAGAGAGUAAAUAUUGGAUAUUAAAAAGAUACAACUCUUCCUCUCCUACCAUACCUGUUAGAAAAUAUAAGCAAAACAAUCUCUCCUUUACUUUUUAAUGUGACUUGCAUUUAAGAAACUGGCAUUUGGGGUCUACAACCUCAAAUAUAUGUCAGUAUAUCAUUGGGCACAACACCCUCCGUUUUCCAAGCUGUGGUGAUGGCGAUACUGGUAGGUGCUCAGAACCUACUGAUAUACAAGAAUAGGAAGAUAACUAUCUUAAGUGACAGUCAAGCAGCUUUGAAAGCACUCUGUAAUGAUCAGGUGAAUUCAAAGUUUAUCGUCGAAUGCAGGAAACUUUAGAAUCACUAUCGAGGUUCAACAAAGUUAUACUAGCGUGGGUACCAGGACACAACGGUGUCACUGGAAAUGAAAAUGCUGACUUUGUAGCCAGGAAAGGAGAAGAAAACACUUAUGUUGGAUCAGAACCAGAUAAACCGAAUCAAGACAAUUCAGUAUGAGGUGCACACAAUGGACCAAUAGCUCUAAGUGCAUGGAAAUUAUGUCUACCUCGAUAAUAGCGCGAUGGGGAGCACGGUACACACAAGUGACGCUUAUGUUUUUAGGAAUGAUUAUUGCUUAUGCAUUGAGAGUUAAUCUGUCAGUGGCUAUAAUAGCAAUGACUGACCAAAGUUCCAAUGAAAAAUAUGUAUUGGAUUGGAAUGAACAAACAAAAAGUGUGAUACUUACAUCAUUUUUUUGGGGUUAUUUCAUGACCCAAGUGUUUGCUGGGCAUAUGGCUCAAAAAUACGGAGCCAAAUAUUUCUUAGCUGCCGCUAUUACUGUCAAUGGCAUCUUAGCAAUUGGAAUACCAGUAUCGGCUAUUUACGGAGGUAAGAUUGCAAUGUGUGCGAAUAGAGUAGUACAAGGUAUGGCACAAGGGUUUUUAUAUCCUUCAAUUAACGUUUUAUUAUCAAAAUGGGCUCCACUAGAAGAGAAAAGCCGUUUAUUUUCUUUUGUGUUUGGCGGCAUUCAAUUCGGUCCAUUGGUAAUAUUACCCGUGGCAGGUAUAUUAGCUGAAACAACUGCUGGUUGGCCAUCAAUUUUUUACGUUACUGGUGCACUGUCUAUAGUAUGGGUACUAAUUUGGUGUUUAUUCGGAGCCAAUAGUCCGUCUGAACACAAAACAAUUAGCGAAGAGGAAAAACAAUACAUAAUUAAUUCUCUAAGUAGCACGACAUCAGCACAAAAACUGCCAACUCCAUGGGUUCAAAUAGUAAAAUCGAUUCCUAUGUGGGCGAUACUUAUUGCUCAUCUUAGUCAAAAUUGGGGAUUUUGGGUACUAUUAACAUACAUGCCAAGUUAUUUAAGUUACGUUUUAAAAUUUAAUAUAAAAUCAAACGGAUUUUUGUCUGCACUUCCAUAUAUGACUAUGUGGUUGAUGACUCUUGUAAUAUCGUGGAUAAGUGACUUCAUAAACAAAAAACAAUAUUUAACAACUACUUAUCAAAGAAAGAUGUGGAAUAGUUUAGCACACUGGGGCGGAGCACUUGCUCUUUUUUCUUUAUAUUUCCUUAAUACAUCAGUAGUAGGUGCUAUUGUUUUGUUGACAACUGCAUUGACCCUAAAUAGUGGAGUAUUAACGGGAUUUUUAUCAAAUCAUUUAGACUUAGCACCGAAUUUUGCUGGGACAUUAAUGGGUAUUACUAACAGUUUAGCGAACAUCACAUCCAUAAUGGGACCACUAAUAGUUGGAUUUAUUGUUACUGACAAUACAAAUAAAGAUCAAUGGGGUAUUGUAUUUUUAAUAGCAGCAGGCGUAUUUUUCUUUGGGAACUUAUUUUACAUAAUUUUUGGAUCAGCGAAAAUUCAAACUUGGAAUAAUUCAUCUAUUGAACAAAAAAAGGAAUCUAACAGUGAGGGUAUUUAAUUUAAAAGAAUUCCCUUCGUUGUGAAGGUACUCACUCAAUUGUAUAUGAUAUAUAUUUGUUGAUAAAUAACGUAUGUUAUUAAUCUAUAUAAAAAGUUUAAUUUUAAAUGUUUUAUGAUUUUUUUUAAUUUUUCAACUAUUUAUGUUGUGAUUAUUAUUAUGAAAAAAUACCGUGUAUUUUUGUUAUGUUGAGUUUAAAUCAUUCUUAAAAUUGUGUAUUUGUUUGUAUUUAUAUACAAAUAUAUUUUUAUAUUAAAACA